UUUUUUAAAACAAAAUGUAAACAAUUUAUUAAGAUCUAGAUCUAGACAAUGUAACAUCAAUAAUGUCUAGACUAGAUAUAGGCCCUGUGUAGAUUUAGCUCUAACUUUUAGGCAGGCCUAUAUUGAAACAUCAAGAGAAAUUAAAAUUAGGAACUAUUUUUUCUUUAGGUCUAGUCUGUCUAUGCAACAUUUUAAAAAAUCAUCUACUGUUCGACUGAAUAUUAAGCUAAAAAGAUUAAAAAACAAAUGUCUAUCAAACGAGAAAUAGCCUGUGGUAUUGUUCAAGGUAUGGGUGACUUCUGGAAAUGUGAAGAACUGCAAGACUUUACUGUCACGCUUGGUACAACAAAGUUUGGGUGUCAUAGGUUUCUUCUGGCAGCUUGUUCUGGGUUUUUUAGAGGACUUUUUAGAUCCGGGAUGAUAGAAACUGAGUUAAAAAAUGUAAGCCUUGAAGAUAUUUCUAGUGAAACUUUUGAGUUGAUCCUGGAAUCUAUUUACACUGGACAUAAUGUUUUGACAAAUGACAAUGUCACUGACAUCUGGAAGACUGCGGAUAAGUUACAAAUACUGUUUCUGGUAAAUGAAUGUGAACAUUUUAUAAUUAGAUCUCUCUCUUUAGAAAACUAUAUUGAAUAUUACCACAUUGCCAAAUUUUUGAGUUCUCAACCAGUAACUAAAUCAUCCUGGUCGCAUAUUUUGAAAAAUUUUAAUUCUUUUGUGCAAACAAGCGCCUUCUUGGAGUUAUCAAUGAAUGAAAUGUUAAAUUUAGUUCAAAGCCAGAAAUUGGUAGUGAAUUCAGAACAUGACGUCAUUGUGGCCAUUUUAAAAUGGACAGAGUUCAAACCUACUGGACCACAAGACAAUCUGUCCAACAUUCGUGGACUGAGAUGGAAGCGUCUCAAAACUCUAGCUAUAAAUAACAUUAGAAGUGGCUCUGGCGACAAUGAAACAAUUGCUAAUUCAGCUCCUAGAGACACACAUUGUCAGAAGAUCUCUUCAGAAAACAGAAAAAAAUAUCUGGGACAUUUGCUGUCGAAUGCCAGGACAUGCCUACUGAGUCGUGAAAGUUUAGAAAUGCUGCUCUUCAAUCCACUGGUCAGGGACAACAACAUGGCGAGCGACAUUGUGAAUAAAGCCCUUUUGUACAAACUUCAAAUCGGGAAAAGAAAUGGCCAAUGGCCAACAGCGGCGAUACAUAGAAAUUGUAGCGACUCUGAAAAUGUCGCCUUGAAAAUAAAACAAAUAGAAACUGGAGGAUAUUGUUUUAAAGCACUAUCCAUCUCGAGAAACAAGUGGCUAAAUUACGACAUUGGAGAGUUAACUGAAAGAGAUUUUUUUACCGUUUUUACAAUGGACAACAUUCUAAAUUACUUUUUUCUAGCGCACAUACAAGGUGAAGAAACUAAUGGUACUGUUCGCGCUUUUCGUUCAAUAGAGAAGGAAUGGGAAGAGAUAAAGUUGUCACUGACAUUAAAGUAUGCCAAGUUCUAUGUGACAGUCAUAGAUGACUUGAUUUACAUUCUGCCAAGCAAUGGGAAAGUGAUGUGUAGUCUUGAUCCGUCCUCCGAAACUCUUCUUUCUUUGCCCCGUGUACCAGCAGACCCACUAAUAGAAGACGACCAACCAAUUUGUCACGUGACGAAUUAUGAGCAAAAGAUUCUUGUUUUUUCAAGCGUAUCUGAGAAAGGGGUGGAUGAGACUGCCGUCCAGUGUUAUGAUACGGCGCGAAAUAUCUGGACACAUCUCAACAACCUUGAAGGUCCGGCUAACGGAAUGACCAGUUUUAGAGAUGACCAUUUUGUUUACCUUUUGAAGUCCAGCGGGGAUCUGUGGAAGAUAAUAAAGCCACAGUCAGAUGUUUUAGAAUUUGAAUAUGUGGCCAAGUUGUGGAGCACUGACUGGUCACUUAAUGGAGCGAUCACGUUCAUGGAUAAACUGUACAUCUGCGGGGUCAAGUCAGAAACACUUUCCAACGAUUCUCAGCUACAGCAGUCUCUGCCAGGUGUAUUUAGUCAAAUAGUUGUCCUCAAAAGUUCAACAGUGGAGAACAUGAUCUUUCUGCCAAUAACAGUGAAGAAAACAGAUCUGGUCUAACUGGGAGAUUUCCAAUCAGGAUUUGAACUAAACAUCUUUUACUAACCUCCUGAAAAUAAGAAUGUAUUUAAAGUACGAAACUGAAGAAACAAUAAAUGUAUUAUUAAGAUGGUGGCUUUGA